CAUCACGACAGUUGUUGCUCACACACGGCAAACGCGUUUUAAAGACAGAUGUGUUGGUGAUAAAUUCAAGCUAACAGAGUUAACGCAAUCAAUCUGCUGGAUUAUCAAUAUUUUACAAAAUGGGAAUAGCCGAUGAGGCUGACCGGACUCUGUAUGUCGGGAACUUGGACCCUCAAGUAACAGAAGAAGUUAUAUUCGAGCUGUUUUUACAGGCUGGGCCAUUGAUCAAAGUCAAAAUCCCCAAAGACAAUGAUGGAAAAUCAAAACCGUUUGCAUUUGUAAACUUCAAGCAUGAAGUGUCUGUGCCCUACGCCUUGACCUUGCUCAAUGGGAUCCGUCUGUAUGGACGGCAGCUCAACCUACAGUUCAGAGCCGGCAGCAGUCAUAUUAAUCAGGAAGGCAAAAGUCCAGCGAACUCUCAAAACCCUAGUCCGGCGAAUACACCAGGUCACCGCGGUGGAAGAACCCCAGAGCAGAUGGGCUCUCCGUCCUACUCUCCUCCACAGCAUAUCCAAAGGUCUUUCAGUUCACCCGACAGUCUGCAGAGACAGGCAAUGAUGAACAACGUGUGGCAGGUUCAGAUGCAGCAGUUGCAGCAGUUCAAUGGAGCCUUCCAGCAGAGCAUGCAGCAGCUCCGGGGUUCUGCGGACGGUAACCCCUGGCAACAGGAUUGGUCUGGCCAGCGCGGUCAACGCCACUCUCACCAGGACAAUAACAACCAUCAUGGCAGAGAUCAACGCCACGGAAACAACGGGAACAACUACGACCGGCAUCGGCGUGAUAGCCCGCGGGGUGACUUUCAUCAUCACGAUGACCGCAGCGGAGGACACAACAGAAACUACCCCCCCGAGAGGCGGAGAGACUCACGGGACGGCUCUAGAGAGGGACGGUGGAAGCGCUUUUAGAAAUCAACUUUAGUUGCAUUUUAGUUCUCCUGAAAACCUUUUUGUUUUUUUUUAUCAACUGUUUUUAUAACAUUUUGUUAUCCUCCUAGAUUUUUAAAUUUCAUAUUUUUGGUGGAUUAUAUCUUAUAUGUUUAAAAAAAAAAAAAAGUUAGCAGUACAACUAUAGGGGGGUACAAAUUUUUGAUAAGGUUAAGGCAUUUUGAACAAACUCUUUGUUGAGAUGCAAGAACAAAAAAAAACAAACAAAAUCAGUAAGAAAUUGGCUGUUUAUGUGCUGGCCUAUUUUUAAAAUACAUGUUUUGAUCUCAGGGGGACACCUAUGUUUAUACAUAUAUAUUUUUGUUUAUUUUUAAGAAUGUCCUUUUUUUGAGAAAUUUCGGUAUAUACAACAUCGAAAUGCAUAAAAGAAUCAGAUUUGCUAUGGUGGAUUUUGAUUUUCUAGAAAUUUGUAAUUUCUCAGGAUUUCUCAUUAUAAAGAAUAGACUUUCAAAUGCUUUGUUUGAUUUAACAAUGUUUAAUGUUUUUUAAAAAACAUAUUGUUUUACUUUCUACGUUCCCCUUUUGGGAUGAAAUAAUUGACUCUUAAUUCAUCAUGACACUCUUUGAAAACUUGGAACAGUAACUAGUUUUAAUACUUUUGUAAAUACACCAUUUUUAUUGUCAAGUGCAACAUUUGGUUAUUUGUUCGUUUUCAUAAAAGUCAAUGUUCACUGAA